CGAGAGACUGAAGUUUUCUAUAAAUACCUCCAAACUCCCUUACACUUGUCUCAAUAUCCUCUCUGGAAAAACAAUCUGCUCCAUUUAUUAAGAUCCCACUUAUAUCAAACAAAAAUUUCUUCGUAGGAAAAAAAUGUGUCCCACCGGUACUUCCCUACGUCCGUCGAGCAUUACAGACGAACCCACGUCAGAAUUCCGGCGAGCAUUCGAAGUCAUAGACUUCGACCACGACGGGAAAAUCUCCGGCGAAGAUCUCCGUUUAUUCUACACAUCAUUUUCCGGCAGCGGCGACGACGACGAAAUGAUAAAGGCAAUGAUAUCCGUAGCCGACGCGAAUAAAGACGGGUACGUACAAUACGACGAGUUUGAGAAGGUGUUGAAGGAGAGAAGAGUGAAAGGGAUGAAGGAGAAAAGCUACGGUAACGGCGCGGUGAUGGAAGAGGUGUUUAAGGUGAUGGAUAAAGAUGGUGAUGGAAGAUUAGGGGUUAAUGAUUUGAGUGAUUAUCUAAGAUUAGCUGGGAUUGAGAUUGCUAAUGAUGAGAUUAAGGCUAUGAUUAAGUUGGGUUGUGGCGGUGGUGAUGAGAAAGACGGUGUUUCUUUUGAUGGAUUUGUCAAUAUUUUUGGAUCUCUAUGAAGCUGUGAUUAGUCAUUCAUAAUUUUUUAAGAAUGUAUUUGGAGGUAUGUGAAAUUUUGUACGGAGUAGUAAUAAUUUCACAAACAAAUGUGAGGAUAUAACAUGUUUAUUUUAUGAAACUAAACCAUGUUUGAUUGAUGCCUACAA